CCAGGCGCCAACGAGAGGAAGUCGGAAAUGCUGCCCGCCGGCUGGAAUGCCGACAAGGAACUCUACACUCUGCGCUACCGGCUGAAGGACGAUUCUCACGACCUGCUGGUGAAAGCCAUUUUGAUGGACAACAGCAUCAUUCUCAACGUCAUGGAUCCCAAAACACAGAAAGUGGCGGAUCUCACCUUGAAAGUGACCGACUACAUUGACCCAGAACAUCUGGCUGAUUUUGACAGGGUGUAUCGGAAUGUGGAGGAGUUGCAGACCCAGAUUGUGCAUCACAUAAUCUCCCCUUUUGAAACCUCGAAGCGGCAAAGCAACGCCAAGGAGGAAGAGCCAAAACGGGAGAGGAACCCCUCCCCACCCAAUCCUCCUGACCACGACCCUCUCUGGAUCCCACCUCGACAUCCUCACGGCAGCCGGCAGCCCAACUGGCCAGAUCCACUCAGUCCGUUUGAUAUCGGCAGACAAGAUCUGGAUCCUUUGGGCGGCCGAGGCGGAGGAGGAAUGAUCUUUGAUCCGCUUCGGUCAGGAUUUCGGAAUCCUGUUCUGGACCCCUCUUCUGGGCUCCCCAGCAGACUCCCCCCUGGCUCCGUUCCUCCCGGGGCCAGGUUUGACCCGUUUGGAACCCCGGGGGCCGGCCGGAGUGGGUAA